UUCAUUUUGGAAGUGGAUAACUGCUCAGAUUGCAAGAAUAACAAGAGUGCUGAGAGCUCAAUUUGGAAGAGCCAUGGAAGAGUCUUCCCAGCCUGCUAAACCCCUGGAGAUGAACCCUCACUCUCGCUUUAUUAUUGGUUCUGUGUCAGAGGAUAACUCAGAAGAUGAGACAAGCUCCUUGGUGAAACUUGACCUGCUAGAGGAGAAAGAGAGGUCUCUGUCCCCUGUUUCUGUCUGCUCGGAUUCGCUUUCAGACUUGGGUCUUCCUAGCACUCAAGAUGGCCUGGCAAACCAUAUGAGGCCCAGCAUGUCUGGUUUGCACCUCGUAAAGCAAGGCCGGGACAGGAAGAAAGUUGACGUGCAGCGGGAUUUCACUGUGGCUUCUCCUGCAGAAUUUGUUACUCGUUUCGGAGGGAACAGAGUUAUUGAAAAGGUCCUGAUAGCCAACAACGGGAUUGCAGCGGUGAAAUGCAUGCGGUCGAUCCGGCGCUGGUCCUACGAGAUGUUCCGAAACGAGCGGGCCAUCAGGUUUGUUGUCAUGGUGACUCCUGAGGACCUGAAAGCAAACGCAGAGUACAUUAAAAUGGCAGAUCACUACGUGCCAGUUCCAGGAGGACCAAACAACAACAACUAUGCAAAUGUGGAACUCAUCCUUGACAUUGCUAAGCGCAUUCCAGUGCAGGCUGUAUGGGCUGGCUGGGGCCAUGCUUCUGAGAACCCAAAACUACCAGAACUUCUCCACAAAAAUGGGAUUGCUUUCAUGGGUCCUCCAAGCCAGGCAAUGUGGGCUUUAGGAGAUAAAAUUGCAUCGUCAAUAGUGGCUCAGACUGCUGGCAUCCCAACUCUUCCUUGGAGUGGCAGCGGUCUACGAGUGGAUUGGCAGGAGAACGAUCUUCAGAAGCGUAUCCUGAACGUUCCUCAGGAGCUGUAUGAAAAAGGCUAUGUGAAAGAUGCAGACGACGGCCUGCGGGCUGCUGAGGAAGUUGGCUACCCUGUCAUGAUCAAGGCCUCUGAAGGAGGAGGAGGGAAAGGAAUUAGGAAAGUUAAUAAUGCAGAUGACUUCCCCAACCUAUUUAGACAGGUUCAGGCUGAAGUCCCAGGCUCUCCGAUCUUUGUAAUGAGGCUGGCCAAACAGUCCCGCCACUUGGAGGUGCAGAUCCUGGCAGACCAGUAUGGCAAUGCCAUCUCUCUUUUUGGUCGGGAUUGCUCCGUGCAGCGCAGGCACCAGAAGAUUAUUGAGGAAGCACCUGCUUCCAUUGCAACUUCAGUGGUUUUUGAGCACAUGGAACAGUGUGCAGUGAAGCUUGCAAAAAUGGUGGGGUAUGUGAGUGCAGGCACUGUGGAAUACCUCUACAGCCAGGAUGGCAGCUUCUACUUUCUGGAGUUGAAUCCUCGUCUGCAAGUGGAGCAUCCCUGCACCGAGAUGGUAGCUGAUGUGAAUCUUCCUGCAGCACAGCUCCAGAUUGCCAUGGGGAUUCCACUCCACCGGAUCAAGGAUAUCCGAGUGAUGUACGGCGUUUCCCCGUGGGGAGAUGGAUCUAUUGAUUUUGAGAAUUCAGCCCAUGUCCCCUGUCCACGUGGCCAUGUAAUUGCUGCACGUAUCACCAGUGAGAAUCCCGAUGAGGGAUUUAAGCCCAGUUCUGGUACAGUCCAGGAACUGAAUUUCCGCAGCAAUAAGAAUGUCUGGGGCUAUUUCAGUGUUGCUGCUGCAGGAGGGCUUCAUGAAUUUGCUGAUUCUCAGUUUGGUCACUGCUUCUCUUGGGGAGAGAAUCGUGAAGAAGCCAUCUCAAACAUGGUGGUGGCCUUGAAGGAGCUGUCCAUCCGAGGGGAUUUCCGAACCACUGUUGAAUACUUGAUAAAACUGUUGGAAACAGAAAGCUUCCAGCAGAACCGCAUUGACACCGGCUGGUUGGAUCGGCUGAUUGCUGAGAAAGUGCAGGCUGAAAGGCCUGACACCAUGCUGGGGGUGGUGUGUGGAGCUCUUCAUGUGGCUGAUGUGAGCUUUCGGAACAGCGUCUCAAACUUCCUGCACUCUCUAGAAAGGGGCCAAGUCCUGCCUGCUCAUACUUUGCUGAACACUGUAGAUGUGGAACUCAUCUAUGAAGGGCGGAAAUACGUGUUGAAGGUGACCCGACAGUCUCCUAAUUCCUACGUGGUCAUCAUGAACAGCUCCUGUGUGGAAGUUGAUGUGCACCGACUGAGCGACGGAGGGCUGCUCCUGUCUUACGAUGGUAGCAGCUAUACCACCUACAUGAAAGAAGAAGUGGACAGGUAUCGCAUCACUAUAGGGAACAAGACUUGUGUGUUUGAAAAGGAAAAUGAUCCUUCCAUUCUGCGCUCACCUUCGGCUGGGAAGCUUAUCCAGUAUGUGGUGGAGGAUGGGGGACACGUGUUUGCAGGCCAAUGCUUUGCAGAAAUAGAGGUGAUGAAAAUGGUGAUGACACUAACAGCAGGAGAAUCAGGCUGCAUCCAUUAUGUCAAACGCCCUGGGGCAGUGUUGGAUCCAGGCUGUGUGAUUGCCAAACUCCAGCUGGAUGAUCCCAGCAGGGUUCAGCAGGCUGAACUGCACACGGGCACCUUGCCUCAGAUCCAGAGCACAGCACUCCGAGGCGAGAAACUCCAUCGCAUCUUCCAUUAUGUCCUGGAUAACCUGGUCAACGUGAUGAACGGGUACUGCCUGCCAGAGCCCUACUUCAGCAGCAAGGUGAAGGGCUGGGUUGAGCGACUAAUGAAGACACUGAGAGAUCCAUCUUUGCCUCUGCUGGAGCUUCAGGACAUCAUGACCAGUGUUUCUGGACGCAUCCCACCCAACGUGGAGAAGUCCAUCAAGAAGGAGAUGGCCCAAUAUGCCAGCAACAUCACAUCAGUCCUUUGCCAGUUUCCCAGCCAACAGAUUGCCAAUAUCUUGGAUAGCCAUGCAGCCACCUUGAACCGCAAAUCAGAGCGUGAGGUCUUUUUCAUGAACACUCAGAGCAUUGUGCAGCUUGUACAGAGGUACCGGAGUGGUAUUCGGGGCCACAUGAAGGCAGUGGUAAUGGAUUUGCUCCGUCAGUAUCUGAAGGUGGAGACUCAGUUUCAGCAUGGUCACUAUGACAAGUGUGUCUUUGCUCUUCGGGAGGAGAAUAAAAGCGACAUGAAUGCUGUAUUGAACUACAUCUUCUCACAUGCUCAGGUCACCAAGAAGAACCUGCUUGUCACAAUGCUCAUUGACCAGCUCUGUGGCCGUGACCCCACCCUGACAGACGAGCUGAUCAAUAUUCUGACGGAGCUGACCCAGCUCAGCAAGACAACCAAUGCCAAGGUGGCACUGCGGGCACGGCAGGUUCUCAUUGCUUCCCAUUUGCCGUCCUACGAGCUGCGUCACAACCAGGUGGAGUCCAUCUUCCUGUCUGCCAUUGACAUGUAUGGACACCAGUUCUGCAUUGAGAACCUGCAGAAACUCAUUUUGUCAGAGACAUCCAUCUUUGAUGUGCUACCCAACUUUUUCUACCACAGUAACCAGGUGGUGAGAAUGGCAGCUUUAGAGGUGUACGUUCGCAGGGCGUACAUUGCCUACGAGCUGAACAGCGUCCAGCACCGCCAGCUGAAGGACAACACCUGCGUGGUGGAGUUCCAGUUCAUGCUGCCCACCUCCCACCCAAACAGAAUGUCCUUCUCUUCCAACCUCAAUCACUACGGGAUGGUCCACGUAGCCAGUGUGAGUGAUGUGCUGCUGGACAACUCGUUCACUCCGCCGUGCCAGCGGAUGGGCGGAAUGGUCUCCUUCCGCACGUUUGAGGAUUUUGUCAGAAUCUUUGAUGAAGUGAUGAGUUGUUUCUGCGACUCUCCUCCCCAGAGCCCAACCUUCCCUGAAGCUGGCCAUGCUUCCCUCUAUGAUGAAGACAAGGCUGCCCGUGAGGAGCCCAUUCACAUUCUUAAUGUUGCUAUUAAAACUGAUGGGGACGUUGAUGAUGAUGGGCUGGCAGCCAUGUUCAGAGAGUUCACACAGAGCAAGAAAUCAGUCCUGAUUGAGCAUGGCAUCCGGAGGCUGACAUUCCUUGUGGCACAGAAGGACUUCAGGAAACAGGUCAACUGUGAGGUGGAUCAGAGAUUUCAUAGGGAAUUCCCAAAGUUCUUCACGUUCCGUGCCCGGGAUAAGUUUGAAGAAGACAGGAUCUACCGCCAUCUGGAGCCAGCGCUGGCUUUUCAGCUGGAGCUGAACCGAAUGCGAAACUUUGACCUCACUGCCAUUCCGUGUGCCAACCACAAAAUGCAUCUCUACCUGGGAGCAGCUAAAGUUGAAGUAGGAACAGAAGUGACGGACUACAGGUUCUUUGUGAGGGCCAUUAUAAGGCAUUCAGACCUAGUUACCAAGGAAGCCUCCUUCGAGUAUCUGCAAAACGAGGGAGAGCGAUUGCUUUUGGAAGCCAUGGAUGAGUUGGAGGUGGCAUUUAAUAAUACCAACGUGCGCACUGACUGCAAUCACAUCUUCUUAAAUUUUGUGCCUACUGUCAUCAUGGACCCAUCUAAGAUCGAGGAAUCCGUGCGCAGCAUGGUGAUGCGCUACGGGAGCCGCCUGUGGAAGCUCCGCGUCCUCCAGGCCGAGCUGAAGAUCAACAUUCGGCUGACACCCACAGGAAAGGCCAUCCCCAUUCGGCUCUUCCUGACCAACGAGUCGGGCUACUACCUGGACAUCAGCCUGUACAAAGAGGUGACGGAUUCCAGGACGGCGCAGAUUAUGUUCCAGGCCUAUGGGGAUAAACAGGGACCACUUCAUGGGAUGCUGAUAAAUACCCCAUACGUGACCAAGGACCUUCUUCAGUCCAAGAGAUUCCAGGCACAGUCUUUAGGGACGUCCUAUGUCUAUGACAUUCCUGAGAUGUUUCGGCAGUCUUUGAUUAAACUCUGGGAUUCCAUGAAUGAACACGCAUUCCUGCCAACACCGCCGCUGCCGUCUGACAUACUGACGUACACUGAAUUGGUGCUGGAUGAUCAGGGCCAGCUCGUGCACAUGAACAGGCUGCCAGGAGGAAACGAGAUCGGGAUGGUAGCCUGGAAAAUGACGCUCAAGACCCCGGAGUACCCUGAAGGCCGUGAUAUCAUCGUCAUUGGCAAUGACAUUACGUACAGGAUAGGUUCUUUUGGGCCUCAGGAGGAUGUGCUGUUCCUGAGGGCUUCAGAGCUUGCUCGAACUCACGGCAUCCCCCGCAUCUACGUGGCUGCCAACAGCGGAGCCAGGAUUGGUUUGGCUGAGGAGAUCCGGCACAUGUUCCACGUUGCAUGGGAGGACCCAGAUGACCCGUACAAAGGAUACAAGUACUUGUACCUGACACCACAAGACUAUAAGAAGGUCAGCGCUCUGAACUCGGUUCACUGUGAACACGUGGAGGACAAUGGAGAGUCCAGGUAUAAGAUAACAGAUAUUAUCGGGAAGGAAGACGGACUUGGAAUAGAGAACCUCAGAGGAUCUGGCAUGAUUGCUGGAGAAUCAUCUUUAGCCUACGAGAGUAUUAUCACCAUCAACUUGGUUACGUGUCGGGCAAUUGGAAUUGGAGCUUACCUCGUUCGGUUAGGGCAGAGGACCAUCCAGGUUGAGAACUCUCACAUCAUCCUGACUGGCUGUGGAGCCCUCAACAAGGUGCUUGGUCGGGAGGUGUACACCUCCAACAACCAGCUGGGCGGGAUCCAGAUCAUGCACAACAACGGGGUGACCCACGGCACCGUGUGCGACGAUUUUGAAGGAGUCUACACUAUUCUGCUGUGGCUUUCCUACAUGCCCAAGAGCGUAUACAGCCCUGUUCCUAUCCUCAAGGUCAAGGAUCCUAUAGACAGAACCAUAGACUUUGUUCCUACCAAGACUCCCUAUGAUCCUCGCUGGAUGCUGGCUGGACGCCCAAAUCCAAGUCAGAAAGGACAGUGGCAGAGUGGUUUCUUCGACAAUGGCUCAUUCCUGGAGAUCAUGCAGCCCUGGGCACAGACAGUUGUGGUUGGCAGAGCAAGGCUAGGAGGAAUACCUGUAGGAGUAGUUGCCGUAGAAACCAGAACAGUGGAGCUGAGCAUCCCUGCUGAUCCUGCAAACCUGGACUCAGAGGCCAAGAUAAUCCAGCAGGCUGGUCAGGUGUGGUUCCCUGAUUCUGCCUAUAAGACAGCCCAGGCCAUCAACGACUUCAACAGGGAGGGGCUGCCUCUGAUGGUCUUUGCCAACUGGAGAGGCUUCUCUGGUGGCAUGAAAGACAUGUACGACCAGGUGCUGAAGUUUGGUGCCUACAUCGUGGACGGCCUGCGGGAGUACCGGCAGCCUGUGCUCAUCUACAUCCCACCGCAGGCAGAGCUCAGGGGCGGCUCCUGGGCCGUCAUCGACCCCACCAUCAACCCCCGGCACAUGGAGAUGUACGCGGACCGUGAGAGCAGAGGAGGAAUCCUGGAGCCAGAGGGGACGGUGGAAAUCAAGUUCCGCAGGAAGGACCUGGUGAAGACGAUGCGGCGAGUGGACCCCGUCUACAUGCGGCUGGCGGAGCGGCUGGGUACCCCUGAGCUGAGUGCUGCCGACCGAAAAGACCUGGAGAGCAAGCUGAAGGAGCGGGAGGAAUUCCUGAUCCCCAUUUACCACCAGGUGGCCAUGCAGUUUGCUGAUCUGCACGACACACCAGGCCGCAUGCAGGAGAAGGGUGCCAUCACGGACAUUCUAGACUGGAAAACUUCUCGUACCUUCUUCUACUGGAGGCUGAGACGUCUUCUUCUGGAAGAUGUGGUCAAAAAGAAGAUCCACGAUGCCAACCCUGAGCUGACCGACGGGCAGAUCCAGGCCAUGCUGCGACGCUGGUUUGUGGAAGUGGAAGGGACAGUAAAGGCAUACCUGUGGGACAGCAAUAAGGACCUGGUGGAGUGGCUGGAGAAGCAGCUGAUGGAGGAGGAAGGGGUUCGCUCGGUUGUGGAUGAGAACAUCAAGUACAUCUCCAGGGAUUACAUCCUGAAGCAGAUCCGCAGCCUGGUCCAGGCCAAUCCGGAGGUUGCCAUGGAUUCGAUCGUGCACAUGACCCAGCAUAUAUCACCCACCCAGCGAGCGGAGAUCGUGCGGAUCCUCUCCACAAUGGACUCUCCUUCUUCAACGUAAGAGCAUCGAUUUCCUGUACUCCCCCCUGCUCGGUACAGUGGAGGGGAAAAAAAAAAAAAAGAAAAAAAAAGGCUCAGAAUUGCCCUUUGUCUGCUCAACUGCAACCGCUGUACCGAGACGGGAGGCUCAGGGAAAUGCUGGAAGAGUGACAUUUUUAUUUUUUCAAAUCAGACUGACCAGAGGAAGCGUGUCCUUUGGCCAGAGCCACGAGGAAGAUGUAUAAACACAAGCGCCUGCGGGAUUGAGUUACAGCUGUCUAACUGUACUGUAUUUAUUUAACAAAGUGGGACUGGACCAACGCAGCAGUUGCUGCUCCGCUGCCACCGAAAGCAGCACGGCCGGGCAAUGACGGGUACAGCAGUACCGUGAGCUCUGGGCACAGCAAAGUGGUGGGGCUCCCACACUGCACCCCGUGCCCCUGUCUGCUUCUCACACACAUCCUGCAGCGCUGGCAGGCGCCAGUUUUACCUGCAGGAGCAUUUCCUGAGGGCUGAGGAUGGGCUCUGCCUUUGGGAGUGGUGGGAGCUCCUUCGUCCCAGCGGUCGCUGAAGAGGUCUCUGUGUGUUGUACUGUGGCUGAGCAGCAGCUCUGCUAUCAGCCCCUGUGGGCUUUGUUGUAAACAUGUGUUACAACAGAACGUGGGGGCAGGCAAUGCUGUGUCCACUGCCACGAGGGCAGCACUCCGGAAUGGGGACGUGGCUGAGGAGAGGGGGACCCUGUGUACUCUGCCUGUGUGCACAGCUCCAUCAGAAAGGCAAAUCAGGGCGUGAAAAGCCCUUCGAGGGGGAGGUGGAGGCGGAGUAAAAAUGUGGCUUUUGCCCAUUUCUGCUCUUCCUCCCCUACUUAUUUUGAGGGGUAACAGUUCUGGGGCAGACCCAUUGUUGCAUAUACUUAAAAGUGCUCAUUAAUUCUUUCUAUUUGGAUAGGUGACUUGAAGCAGAAAAGCAGCUACAACCUGCCAAGGCAAGAGAGGGAGGGGAUGAGUCCAACGCACAGAUGUGGUUAGAACUGCAAGGGGCAAAUUUGGUUCAGCACACCUGAGCUUUUCUCUUUUCUUAUGCACCAACCUCUACCCCAGAGCUGCUGGAGAGCACAAGAACUGCCUUGUUCACACAAGAAGACAGAAAUUAAAAAGAAAAAGGGAGGGGAGGUACAAUUACACAUUGUUUAACACCCAGUGGCAGCUCCACCUGUUGCAGUGACCUCUCCAGUCACUCUGGGCAAGGGCUGCAGGCUGCCUGCAGGGAGCUGAGCCAGUCCAGGGCCCCCAUCUGAGCACUGCAGGAGCAGAGGGGCUCCUCUAUCGCAGAGGAACUCUGCGAAAAGUAAAACUGGGGCUUACACCAAUGAUUGUCUUAAAAGUAUUCCAGAUUUUACACUUUCUCUUUUAGCAUAGGGCGAAUGAGAAGGGAUGCUUUUAGGAGAGAAUUAAUUACAAAGCCAGUGCCUCACGCCUGUGCUCUUUCCCUCUGACCUGCUGCUCCCUUCUGUGCACAGCAGCCGGAAUGCUGUAAGAUUGAGGUGCAGUGCUGGGGUUCCUUGGUUACUCUCCGCUCUCUGAGAGGACCAGGAGCUGCCACCCAAAGGACAAACCUCAUCCUGUUAGUUCAGCACCCUAACUUUAACUUAAAAGACUCUUCUUUGCCCUCCAGCUCCCUCCCAAACAAUCCCCAGAGAUGCUUUUACUUAUGCCAAUCCAGGCUGCAGCCGGACACAAGGACAGAGAAUGUCUCAGCCAGGCAGAACAGGGCGCCUCACCAGGAAUUGCUACGUGGUGGUGGCACACUGAGGUCUGUGACACAUGGGUCUGCUACCAGCCUUUCUGCAGGUGUUAAUGGGAGAGGUCCUGGUGCCACCACGCUGCGCCCUGUGCCUGGGGGGAGCUGCAGCCGCCAAACUCUUCUGCCUGCUGGGCGAGAGCAGCCCCCUCCAGCCCAGUGUUAGGGGCUCAGGCACUGCUUAACUGGGGGUAAAGCAGCUGUUGGUGAAUGCUGGAGCCCAGCAGCGCAGUGCUGCAGUGCCCUGCCCUGUCCAUGUGUGUGUGGGUCGGGCUGUGAGCGGGGUGGGGGGCCUGGCACUGCGGGAACCCCCCCUCAGUACACGCUGUUCUUGCUGGUGCUGAAGUAUUUCACUUACCUCAGUUUCUUUUAAUAAAAAGAAUGAAUUACAUCUCUCGCUGUUGCCAGGAGUGUAAGUCUGUCACCCCUCGUCCCUCAGCCUCACUCAGGCGCUCCCAUCCCCUGAUUUCUUCUUUAACACUGAGUGACUGCAGCUCUGCAGGUGCUGGCACAGCCCCCUGUUAACCAGCCCCCACAGGGAGGUGGCACAGCAGCCCUGUGACAGACACUGGGCAUGACCUGCACGUAGCUCGGCCGCACACCCUCCCUGCUCACCUUCUUCCAGGUUCUCCCUAUUAAAGGUUAAGGUGUGAUGUGUUCAACUGGACAACGUGAGCCAGGAAAAUCCCAGCUGUGAUCUUGUGCAUUUCUCAAACCAGAAUCCUGAUGGGUAAAAGCACAAAUCACCUUAACAAACAUAAUACAGCUGGGGGAGGGGGGAAACAGGGGGCUACUGAACUCCAGAAAUGCAUUUAAAACUCUUUAGCCUAAAAUAUCUACAUAUUAAAAUGCCAAGAAAAGAAGUACCAAAGCUGUAAGCUCUCAAAAGCCCGAGAUCAAAGUGCCAUCAUCUUUUAAUGUAAACCUUUUGUUGCAUCAACAGUCUUAAGAGGGAUGAGAGACAUCAAAAUAAAAACUGAGACAAACUGUG